UUCUUGCAUAGUGGAAAAGACAGAAAAUCAUUCAGCUGUAUCACCUUUUCGGUGCCUAGCUGCCAUGUCACCCGAAAGAAGCGUGAGGGUUGGGAUACUGCCAGGUUGCCCAAGGCUAGACAGGGGAAGUCAAGUGGCAGGGUCGGGGUCGAAUCACGGACCUUCUGGUCACCCUGUAUAUUCGGCCAUUCAAUCUCGAUAUGCUGGUCUCAAGAAGAAACAAAUCAAGUUGCCACUCAUAUGUGGAUGCUGACAUGUCUGUAUCGCACCCUCUUGGUGCCUAGCUGCCAUCCCACCCGAAGGAAGCACGAGGGAUGGGAUACUACGAGGUUACCCAAGCCUAGACAGGGGAAAGAGAUAUACAGAGGUUGGGUUCGAAGCGCGGACUUGCCUUAUCUUCGUGAUGCGCCCCUGGCCAUAGCCCCACCACUUAAAGUAGCCGUGAUCUUGCGAAUGCCUCAACCACGUAAACAGACGGACGAAAGUUUUGUCCGCACACACUCCGACGCCCGAAUAAUUCACCGACCCAUUCCCGUGACAGCCGCUCCAAUAGGCAUCUCUCCUUUUGAACUUGUACCUCCACGCAACAUGCCGACCCGUCCCAAGAGUGAAGCAAUCGACAGUACUACGCCCCCCAGUCACUGGUUUCACGGCAAUAUCAGCCGUGAGGAUACUGAACGCCUAUUAAAACAUCACAGCCAUAAUGGCACCUUCCUCAUCCGCUACAGCACUUCCACGCAUAAAUAUGUUCUAAGUGUGAUAUACAAUCAGAUGCUCUACCAUUAUCCUAUUGAAGAAUUACCAGAUGGAUUCUAUCAGUACCAACUGUUGUCACUCCCCCCUCCCGUCGGUGGACAUCGUUCAGCUGUAGCAGCCUUUCGGUGCCUAGCUGCCAUGCCAUAUGAAGGAGGCACGAGGGCUGGGAUACUUCCAGGUCUAGACAGGGGGAAUCGAGAGGCAGAGGUCGGGUUCGAACCACGGACCUUCCGGUCAUGGAUCUUUCGAGUUGUAAAACGUCGUUCAGCUGUAGCAUCCUUUCGAUGCCUAACUGCCAUGCCACCAGAAGGAAGCAAGAGGGGUGGGAUACUGCCCGGUUGCCCAAGUCUAGAUAGGGGAAGUCGAGAGGCAGAGGUCGGAUUUGAACCACGGACCCUCUGGCCAGUGAACGGAACAAACGCCAAAUACCUGGGAAUCGAUUUGCUCGUCUCCGAGUUUCGUCGUGCGAACAACUGUAUCGUGUGUUCUUUGACGAAACCCGCACCUGGAACUCGCCCUCCACCACAUAUCACAGUUUACGGGACAACAAAUGACUUGCAUCAUGCUGUGCGAAAAGCAAAUCUGAAGAUGACCCAUGGUAGAAAAAAUCGUUCAGCUGUAGCACCCUUUCGGUGCCUAGCUGCCAUUCCACCCGAAGGCUGCACGAGGGCUGGGAUACUGUCAGGUUGCCCAAGCCUAGACAGGGGAAGUCGAGAGGCAGAGGUCGGGUUCGAACCACGGACCUUCCGGUCAAGCGCGAAUUUACUGACCGGAAGGUCCGUGGUUCGAACCCGACCUCUGCCUCUCGACUCCUACUGUCUAGGCUUGGGCAGCCUGGCAGUAUCCCAGCCCUCGUGCAGCCUUCGGGUGGCAUGGCAGCUAGGCACUGAAAGGGUGCUACAGCUGAACGAUUUCGACUAUGCUCCUUCAGCUGGUGUGCGAGAUUUGUUUACUCGUGUCGCAUCAUCGAUCGGAUCGAUCAGUUUGUCGGAAUAUGUGAAUGAAAAAUCAGCUGAUAGUGGAGCCACGCCACUGAUUGAGGCGGCCAAGACAGGGUCAAAUGAUAUUGUUCGGGUAAUGACUAGCUGUCAUGCCACUCGAGAGAAGCAGGAGGGCUGGGAUACUGCCAGGUUGCCCAAGCCCAGACAGGGGAGGUCGGGUUCAAAUGAUCGGUCCUCCGAGCACGGAGCUUUGGUCAAUCUGCGCGACUGCGGCGGUUUCACCGCAUUGCACCGAGCCUGUCAAAAAAGCUUCGCCCAUGUUGCCGAAACUUUACUCAGAUUAGGCCGUGCCAAUCCUCAGAUAAAAUGCCCGUUUUCUGGUAACACAGCCUUACACGAGGCUGCGAUGCUUGGCCACGCAGACUGUGUCAACUGUCUACUGAGAUUUCAUGCCGCUCCUUGGGGCCGCAAUGCUGAGGCUGAAAUGCCGUUUGAACUGGCUCUGCGGUACGGCUUCGCGGAUUUGGCCGCGGCGCUUGCCGGCUAUAAACCCACACCACCCUUGACUACUCAGGCCGACUGGUAUCAUCCAAAUCUGUCCAAAGCAGACACUGAUCGAGUCUUUACCAACUCAGGCGCGACCAAGGACGGUGCAUUUCUCAUUCGACGUUCCUCACAGUCUGAACGCAAAUUCGUCCUGGUUCUCUACUACCAACGACAGACACUCAAAUAUCAGAUCGAAGUGGUCGACUUCUCAUUUCAUAUGGACACGAAAGAAGCGUACUUCAUUGACAAGGGCCCGUUGCACUUAUCACUGGAACACCUUGUUGAACACUAUAGUCGGUUUGCUGAUGGCAUCCCGGUGCGAUUGCACUACGCCGUGUCUCCAUCUGGCAUGGUGCUGAAUAUUGAACAACUUGUCCCACCCGGACUGGAGAAGCGUGGACGGGAGUUGAAAAAGUGCGAACCAUCUACCGGGGGAACAGAGGCUUGGGCACUGAGAACUAUCACAACGGGGCCACAUGGUGGUCAUAUGGGAGCGCCGCUUGCGCUGCCCAGUGUACGCUCCGGGAAUCCGAAGCAAAAUCGCAGCAAGAAUGGUAAAAAUCUAAGUACUGGUUCGGGAAUGUCUAACGCUUCUGUUUGCGCGGGCGGCCUUCUGCCUGCCACAGCCGGUUUACACCUGACCUCCUCAGGAAGUUCGUGCGCCAGCACUGGUGAACUACGCCUUGUUCCAAGCGACGCGGUCAUCCUCUUGUACCGGUUAGGUGAAGGGGAAUUCGGUGAGGUUUAUCGGGGUCAAUUGCACUUGGAUAAUGGAACCACUCAGGAGGUUGCAGUGAAAGAGCUCAUUGUUACUUCUUCAUUACUCUCAACUGUCGGAUGGCCGCGAUUUAAAAUGGUAAUAAAUAAUCGUUCAGCUGUAACACCCUUUCGGUGUCUAGCUGCCAUGCCACCCGAAGGAAGCAUGAGGGCUAGGAUACUGCCAGGUUGUUCAAGCCUAGACAGGGGAAGUUCAGAGGCAGAGUUCAUGUUCGAACCACAGACCUUC